UAUAUACUCUCUCUCUCUCCGCCCUCUCGCCGCCGUCUCCGUUAACUUUGUUUAGUUCCCUUGAAGGGGAUUGUUGUCCCUCUGUGAUCAUGGGUCGGCGACGUGCUUUCUUUAUCAGCUCGGCCUGGCUGCUCAUGCUCGCAGCUUGCUUGGAAGCCCGGGGAGUGAGCCGACCCGGCCGACCCGACUGGACGUUCGGGUUUGCCGAGCCGGAGAUUCGCAUGCCGUCCGAGAGAGAGGAAGCUGGGGAUGAUGAAGGCCAGGGGGUCAGGACAAGAUGGGCCGUUCUCGUGGCCGGUUCGUCCGGUUAUGGAAAUUAUAGGCAUCAGGCGGACGUGUGCCAUGCGUAUCAAAUUCUGAAGAAAGGAGGGCUCAAGGAAGAGAACAUAGUGGUGUUCAUGUACGACGACAUUGCCGCGCAUCAGUUGAACCCUAGGCCUGGGGUCAUCAUCAACCAUCCCAGUGGUGAUGAUGUUUAUGCUGGUGUUCCUAAGGACUACACUGGUGAAAACGUUACGGCAGCAAAUUUGUAUGCGGUGCUUCUUGGAGACAAGAGCGCCGUGAAGGGCGGGAGCGGGAAGGUGGUUAGUAGCAAACCAGACGACAGAAUCUUCCUCUAUUACUCUGACCAUGGAGGACCUGGUGUUCUGGGGAUGCCGAACAUGCCAUUCCUCUAUGCCAUGGACUUCAUCAAUGUAUUAAAGAAAAAACAUGCAGCCAAGGGCUACAAAGAGAUGGUUAUAUAUGUGGAAGCAUGCGAGAGCGGGAGUGUCUUUGAAGGGAUAAUGCCGAAAGAUUUAGAUAUCUAUGUGAUGACAGCGUCAAACGCACAGGAGAGCAGCUUUGGAACUUACUGUCCUGGAAUGGAACCUUCACCACCUCCAGAGUACGUCACUUGCUUGGGUGACUUGUAUAGUGUCGCGUGGAUGGAAGACAGUGAGACUCACAAUCUCAAGGAAGAAACCGUGAAGCAACAAUAUAAAACGGUGAAGUUGCGGACAUCCAAUUUCAACACGUAUAAUGCCGGUUCACAUGUGAUGGAGUAUGGGAACCAAAGCAUUCAGGAUGAGAGGCUUUACUUGUAUCAAGGUUUUGAUCCUGCAACGGUGAACUUCCCACCAAACAGAGUCCCUCCCGAGUUCAUGGGCGUCAUUAAUCAAAGAGACGCGGAUCUUCACUUCUUGUGGCAGAUGUACAAGAAAACAGGAGACAAUCCAGAGAAGAGGAAGGAGAUCCUAGGUCAAAUAUCAAGUACUAUGACGCACAGAAUUCAUCUCGAUGGCAGCGUCAAAAUGAUCGGUGCACUUCUUUACGGACCUGAGAAGGGCUCGUCUGUCCUAACUGCCUUGAGAGAGCCCGGUCUUCCCCUGGUCGAUGACUGGAAAUGCCUCAAAUCUAUGGUUCGAGUCUUUGAGACGCAUUGUGGGUCGCUGACGCAGUACGGGAUGAAGCACAUGAGGGCGUUCGCCAACAUCUGCAACAGCAGAGUGACCCGAGAAUUGAUGGAGGAAGCUUGUGCAAGUGCAUGUGGCGGCCACGGCGGUCUCUUGCAUCCUUCCAAUCUUGGUUUCAGUACCUGAAUGGGUUAAGGAAACUUGUAUAUAUAGUUCACAGACAUAAAAGAGUCCAUUUCAGUGGUCCCUCUGUUUAUGCAAUUGCAAUGAUCUCAGUAUCUUGAUAUUGCAUAUUGGUUUUCACAUAAGGAUCAGGCAAAAACUAUGCAUUUGCAAACUCUGUUUUGU